AUGUUGGUCCCGUGUGAUCUAAUUGGUAGAGGGCAUCGAUUCCCUAACUCUUUCUCAUUUUCUCCACCAUCGCUGCUUUCGCUAAUAUCCACUCCGACCUCUUAUGAACGCAAAUGGCGAUAUGCUACUGUGGCGAUUCAGUCGGUGGCGGGUCAGCCUCAAUUUCAUAACAUUUUAAGGGAUUGCUGUUGGUGUUCAUCGACGGUCGUGGUGGGUCGGAGUGAGUUUGUGUUCGACCCAAUUAAAUGGCAGCGGAAGCAAAUGAACGAGGACUUCCUUGACCUAUCAAAGAUGUUCAAUGCAGUUAAAUCGCUUGUUCGAGUGCCUUCUGUAGACCCCAAAUAUAAAAUUGCUCUUCUUGCUUCUAAGCAGGACCAUUGUCUUGUUGAUCUACUGCAUGCUUGGCAAGAUGGAAAACUUCCGGUUCAGAUAAGCUCUGUAAUCAGCAAUCAUGAUAGGGUGGGGAAUACCCAUGUGAUGCGGUUCCUUGAAAGACAUGAGAUUCCAUAUCAUUAUCUGUCCAAGUCAAAGGAGAAGAAUGUAGAAGAUGAGAUAUUGGGGUUGGUUGAAGAUACAGAUUUCUUGGUGUUGUCUGGAAACUUUUUGAAAAGAUAUGGGAAGGAUGUGAUCAACAUACAUCAUGGCUUAUUGCCAUCAUUCAAGGGAGGAAAUCCAUCUAGGCAGGCAGCUGGGGUCAAUUUGAUUGGUGCCGCAACCCAUUUUGUCACGGAGGAGCUUGAUGGGGGCCCAAUCAUUGAGCAGAUGGUUGAGAGAGUCUCGCACAAGGAUAAUUUGCUGAGUUUUAUUCAGAAAUCUGAGAAUCUUGAAAAACAAUGCCUUAUGAAGGCAAUCAAGUCAUAUUAGCAUUCUUUGCAUCUGGGCGGUUGGAAGGGUAAAAAAACUGCCAACAUUCUUGCAGUAAUGGCAUCUGCAGCUGCUGCAUCAGCCCAAAUAUCCUUGAUUGAUAACUUUUUCAUAAAAUUUCUCAAACAUGCACAGGAUGAUGAUGAUGAUGAUGAUGACGUUUCUCACGAGAAGGAUAUUUAUCUCCAAUUUGGUGUAGUAUUAAGUGAUGUAUCUGCUUUUUUUGUUGAUGGUGACUAUCAUUGGAGUCAACGUUCGUUGACAGGAGGAUUUGGCGGUUCUUCGCAGUCUAGUAUCGUUAGUUUCUUGCCUAUUAUUGAUAAGUGUGGUGUGACUUUUGAUAACACUUCAUCUCUCCAUCUAGAUCCAAUCAGAGAAUCCAUCUUUCCCCACAACAAGAUUGGUCGUGCGGCUUCCUUUCCUUGGAUUUCAGUUUCCCCCUGCGCGUUAUCAUUGACUGAUGCAAGUUGCAAAGAUCUUUCAGGGAGAGGAUAA